CGGAAAUUUUAAUCCGAUUCGGAACAUUUUUCGGGGUGGCCGGUGAUCACAGCCAAGGAGAAAAAGGGAACGACGACACGAAACAGCUGUUGCCUUUCUGAAUAGAAGAAUGCUGCGUAUUGUCAGUUCCGCAAUUCGAGCUGGCGUGGAACGCGUUAUAGCUCCAAGUAUUAUAAAUCUUACGAAUGUCUCGCCAUCAACCUCAAUUGUUAAUUCAAUUUGCGUUCGAGCUUUAAGUUUAAAUACCUCACACGCUCUUGAUGAUGGAAAUAUUUGCAAAAAUAGAACGUUGUUAAGUGCACCAUUGACACGAAAUAUUUUACCAGUUAUUCAGCAACCAAUUUUAAUUCAAAAUAGAGGUGUCAUUAGAUAUUCUUUGAAAAAAGGAAAAAGAAAAACUGUCAGCGCUGUUGUAGAUCGAUUUUAUAGACUUCGUUGGGGUAUUUGGAUUCGAACAAAAUGUGGAAGAACAAGUAAUUUAUGGCGUAAGUCAUUAAAUCGUAAGAAGCGACUUUAUCGUCAUGUAUUUUGUAAUGCAACACAAUCUUGGUUAUUGGAUAAAAUGGUAACAAAAUUUUGGACACGUCCAAAAUAUUACGUGGAUGAUCCAUAUGAACCUUAUCAUCAACGAGAAAAUUUUCCUCAUACGAGAAGGAAGCCAGCACCUUAAGUAUAUAUGAUAUAAUUAAUAUUAAUAAAAUUUACAAAUAAUUUUGGAAAUUGUGUAAAAUUUUUUAGAACAGGAAAACGAAAGUCGUGGUAGCUUUUUUUUUAUUUACAAUAAAUAAUAAUAUUCAUUGUUAA